CACACUCCACUCUCUCUGGUCGGAUUCCCUCGGGAGAAGCCUCCAGGCUCUCCUAGAGAGCACCCAGAGCCAUGUCACCUCAAUCGCGACUUUGUUAUUGUAAAUAUCGGCAUAGCCGGAGCCCCCGGGCCGGCCAGACCGGCUUCCCGGCGGCACCUCCCCCUACUUCCACUCCCGGGCCUGACCGGCUAGGUAUUCCGGGAACAAGCUGGACCUGACAGGCCGCGCCAUGCCGCCACCCUGGGCCCGUGUGGCUCUAGGUCCCUCUGCAAAAGUUCUUCUGACUUUGGAGCCUGCCAGGAUGGGGCCUCUGAGGCCCAGCCCAGGGCCUGGGGGGCAGCAGCUGCUGCUGCCCCUCUUACUGCUGCCACUGCUGCUCCUAUUCACUCCAUCUGCAGGCCAUACCACCCAGGUAGUAUACAAGGUGCCGGAGGAGCAGCCACCCAAUACCCUCAUUGGGAGCCUUGCCGCUGACUAUGGUUUUCCAGACGUGGGUCAUCUGUAUAAACUAGAGGUAGGUGCUCCAUACCUUCGGGUGGAUGGCAAGACCGGUGACAUUUUCACCACAGAGACCUCCAUUGACCGAGAGGGGCUCCGUGAAUGCCAGAACCAGAUUCCUGGGAAUCCCUGUAUCCUGGAGUUUGAGGUGUCUAUCACGGACCUCGUGCAGAACGGCAGCCCCCGGUUGCUGGAGGGCCAAAUAGAGGUGCAGGACAUCAAUGACAACACACCCAACUUUGCCUCACCGGUCAUCACCCUGGCUAUCCCCGAGAACACCAACAUUGGCUCGCUCUUCCCCAUCCCACUGGCCUCAGACCGUGACGCUGGCCCCAAUGGCGUAGCAUCUUACGAGCUGCAGGCUGGGCCUGAGGCCCAGGAGUUAUUCGGGCUGCAGGUGGCCGAGGACCAGGAGGAGAAGCAGCCACAGCUCAUUGUCAUGGGCAACCUGGACCGUGAGCGUUGGGACUCCUACGACCUCACCAUCAAAGUGCAGGAUGGCGGCAGUCCUCCACGCGCCAGCAGCGCCUUGCUCCGCGUCACCGUGCUUGAUACAAAUGACAAUGCGCCCAAGUUCGAGAGGCCAUCCUACGAAGCUGAGCUGUCUGAGAAUAGUCCCAUCGGCCACUCGGUCAUCCAGGUGAAAGCCAACGACUCAGACCAAGGUGCCAAUGCGGAGAUCGACUAUACCUUCCACCAGGCACCUGAAGUUGUCAGGCGUCUUUUGCGACUCGACAGAAACACCGGACUCAUCACCGUUCAGGGCCCCGUGGACCGUGAGGAUCUAAGCACUCUGCGUUUCUCGGUGCUCGCCAAGGACCGAGGCGCCAACCCCAAGAGUGCCCGUGCCCAGGUAGUUGUGACUGUGAAAGACAUGAACGACAAUGCCCCCACCAUCGAGAUCCGAGGCAUAGGGCUAGUGACUCAUCAAGACGGGAUGGCCAACAUAUCAGAGGACGUGGCAGAGGAGACCGCUGUGGCCUUGGUGCAGGUGUCUGAUCGAGACGAGGGAGAGAAUGCAGCUGUCACCUGUGUAGUAGCGGGUGAUGUGCCCUUCCAGCUACGCCAGGCCAGUGAGACAGGCAGCGACAGUAAGAAAAAGUACUUUCUGCAGACCACCACCCCUCUUGACUACGAGAAAGUCAAAGACUAUACCAUUGAGAUCGUGGCCGUGGACUCGGGCAAUCCCCCGCUCUCUAGCACCAACUCCCUCAAGGUGCAGGUGGUAGAUGUCAAUGACAACGCCCCCGUCUUCACCCAGAGUAUCACUGAAGUCGCCUUCCCAGAAAACAACAAGCCUGGUGAAGUGGUGGCCGAGGUCACCGCCAGCGACGCCGACUCUGGCUCUAACGCAGAGCUGGUGUACUCUCUGGAGCCGGAGCCAGCUGCCCAAGGCCUCUUCACUAUCUCCCCCGAGAAUGGGGAGAUCCGGGUGAAGACAUCGCUGGAUCGGGAACAGAGAGACAGCUACGAGCUGAAGGUGGUGGCUGCCGACCGGGGUAGUCCCAGCCUUCAGGGUACAGCCACGGUCCUCGUCAACGUGCUUGACUGCAAUGACAAUGACCCCAAAUUUAUGCUGAGUGGCUACAACUUCUCAGUGAUGGAGAACAUGCCAGCACUGAGUCCGGUGGGAAUGGUGACUGUCAUUGAUGGAGACAAAGGGGAGAAUGCCCGGGUGCAGCUCUCAGUAGAGCAGGACAAUGGUGAUUUUGUCAUCCAGAAUGGCACAGGCACCAUCUUAUCCAGUCUGAGCUUCGAUCGAGAGCAACAGAGUACCUACACCUUCCAGCUGAAGGCCGUGGAUGGGGGUGUCCCGCCUCGUUCAGCGUAUGUUGGCGUCACCAUCAAUGUGUUGGAUGAGAACGACAACGCGCCCUUUAUCACCGCCCCCUCCAACACCUCUCACCGCCUGCUGACCCCGCAGACGCGUCUUGGUGAGACAGUCAGCCAGGUAAGCGCGGAGGACAUUGACUCUGGUGUCAACGCCGAGCUGAUCUAUAGCAUUGCUGGUGGCAACCCUUAUGGACUCUUCCAGAUUGGAUCUCAUUCAGGCGCCAUCACCCUGGAGAAGGAGAUUGAACGGCGCCACCACGGGCUACACCGCCUCGUGGUAAAGGUCAGUGACCGCGGCAAGCCCCCUCGCUAUGGCACAGCCUUGGUCCACCUUUACGUCAACGAGACUUUAGCCAACCGCACGCUGCUGGAGACCCUCCUCGUCCAUAGCCUGGACACGCCCCUGGAUAUUGACAUCGCCGGGGACCCAGAAUACGAGCGCUCCAAGCAGCGCGGCAACAUUCUCUUCGGUGUUGUAGCCGGUGUGGUGGCUGUGGCCUUACUCAUCGCCCUAGCAGUACUCGUGCGCUACUGUCGGCAGCGGGAGGCCAAGAGUGGCUACCAGGCUGGUAAGAAGGAGACUAAGGACCUGUAUGCCCCCAAACCCAGUGGCAAAGCUGCUAAGGGAAACAAGAGCAAAGGGAAGAAGAGCAAGUCCCCGAAGCCUGUCAAACCAGUGGAGGACGAGGAUGAGGCUGGCCUCCAGAAGUCCCUCAAGUUCAACCUAAUGAGCGAUGCCCCCGGGGACAGUCCCCGAAUCCACCUGCCCCUCAACUACCCACCAGGCAGCCCUGACUUGGGACGCCAUUAUCGCUCCAACUCCCCAUUGCCUUCCAUCCAGCUACAACCCCAAUCACCCUCGGCCUCCAAGAAGCACCAGGUGGUGCAGGACCUGCCGCCUGCAAACACAUUUGUGGGCACCGGGGACACCACGUCCACGGGCUCUGAGCAGUACUCCGACUACAGCUAUCGCACCAACCCCCCCAAAUACCCCAGCAAGCAGUUACCUCACCGCCGUGUCACCUUCUCGGCCACAAGUCAGGCCCAGGAGCUGCAGGACCCAUCACAGCAUAGUUAUUAUGACAGUGGCCUGGAAGAGUCUGAAACGCCAUCUAGCAAGUCAUCCUCAGGCCCCCGACUUGGUCCCCUGGCCCUACCUGAGGACCACUAUGAACGCACCACCCCUGAUGGCAGCAUAGGUGAAAUGGAGCACCCUGAAAACGACCUGCGCCCUUUGCCCGAUGUCGCCAUGACGGGCACAUGUACCCGGGAGUGCAGCGAGUUUGGUCACUCUGACACAUGCUGGAUGCCUGGCCAGUCGUCUCCCAGCCGCCGGACCAAGAGCAGCGCCCUCAAACUCUCCACCUUCGUGCCUUACCAGGACCGAGGAGGGCAGGAGCCUGCGGGCGCCGGCAGCCCCAGCCCCCCGGAAGACCGGAACACCAAAACGGCCCCCGUGCGCCUCCUGCCCUCCUACAGUGCCUUCUCCCACAGUAGCCAUGACUCCUGCAAGGACUCGGCCACCUUGGAGGAAAUUCCCCUGACCCAGACCUCGGACUUCCCACCCACGGCCACACCGGCAUCUGCCCAGACCGCAGCCAAGCGUGAGAUCUACCUGUGAGCCCCCCUUCUGGCCGGUGGCCACCCCUCCCCCUAGUCGCCGGCCAGCUCCCAACUGGGUCUAUUCCAGGGCCCCACUCCCUCCCUCCGGCGUGGACUCUGUGGCCAGGGCCCGAUCCGCGGGAGUACUGGCUUCAAGACCACGUUGACCCUUGCCCCAAUGCAGGGUCCAGAUCCUUUCCCCCAUUCCUACCCCUUAGCUCCAAGGAGCCCCUUCUUCCCCCUCUAUGGGGCUCCACCCAGUGGAUGCCCAUGAGGGCUCCGCUGUAGUGACUGGGCUCUCUUCCAUCUACUUCUAGAGAGCACCCCCUUGCUUUGGGCAGAUGGUGGAGUCAAGAGUGGGCAGCACACUUUUAACUCGUUGUUUCCUGCAUGGCUGACCAGGGCAGCGUAGCCUUGCAGCUGGGUAAACUGGGGUACUUACUCCCUGGGAACGCUCAGAGGAAACUUUUCCACCACCAGGGGCUCUCUGAAGGGCUGUUGUUACCAAAGGUGGGGUGGGGAUUGGGGUGAGAGUACUGUGAAGGCCUUGUCUUCCAGUGCUGCUCCUGGGCUGGCCCACCCGCCUGUCACAGGCUCAUGCUGAUCCCAUCGGGGGCACCCCCUUCCCUGCUGGUCUUGCAGUGUCUGUAUAUAAGGACCUUGGAAUGAUGUCCCCAUUUCUGCCUGAUUUGCAACUUUUCUUGUUGAUGUUGUGUUGUCUUGGGGGGCCCUCUGGGGGGAACCUGCCCUGCGCCCCUCCUCCCUGCCGCAGUGCCCCCCAGGUCUCUAUUGUUCCAUGUUGUAAAUACUCCUGGGGCCAUGGUGGGAUGGGGGUGCAGGCCAG